AUGAUGGCGUCGCAAGAUGCUGUCAAGACUUGCCGUGUGCUGACGGCCGAGACCAUUGCCAAAAACCUCUUGAACGAGGUCCGUGAUACCCUGGCCAAGAUCCAGGAGACUGGCAGCGGGCAGCCGAUGCUGGCAGCUUUCCUGGCCAACGGUGACCCUCACGCCGAGAAGUACGCGGAAUGGUCCAAGAAGACGUGCGAGGACAACGGCUUCAAGUUUGACCUUCGCAAUGUGGAGAAGGAGGCUCUCGAGGAGGAGAUCAUGAAGGCCAACGAAGAGGAGGAGGUCGAUGGCAUCAUUGUCUACUACCCCAUCUUCCCCAAGAACCCCAGCCACGACAAGUACGUGCAGGAGACAGUAGACCUCGGAAAGGACGUGGAGGGGAUGCGUCACCAACACCUCCACAACAUGUAUCACAACAUCCGCUACUUGGACCCGCCUGAGAACCGCAAGAAGUCCAUCUUGCCCUGCACCCCGCUGGCUGUUGUCAAGAUCCUCGAGUACCUCCAGAUCUACAACCCCGUCCUGGCGGCUGGCAACCGUCUCUACGGCAAGACCAUCACCGUCAUCAACCGGUCCGAGGUGAAUGGCCGUCCGCUGGCGGCUCUACUGGCGAACGACGGCGCCACCGUCUACUCCGUGGACAUUACCGGCGUGCAGCUGUUCACCCGCGGUCAGGGUAUCAAGAAGGUGCGCCAUCAGGUUGAGGACAAGGAGGGCUGGGGCCUGGAGCAAUGCCUCCCCAUCAGCGACGUUGUCAUCUCUGGCGUGCCGACCGAGUCGUACAAGGUCCCGACGGAGCUCAUCCGCGACGGCGCCGCGUGCAUCAACUUUUCCUCGUACAAGAACUUUGAUGGGCCUGCGAUCAAGGAGAAGGCGGCUCUGUACGUGCCGUCUGUCGGCAAGGUCACCAUUGCUGUCCUGCUGCGCAAUCUUGUGCGAUUGAUCGCCAACCGUCCCGCGAAGAAGCCUGCCGAUUCGGGCGACAUUGCCCAGGCACGCAACGAGGCCUUCGCUGAUGACUAG